GGAAGGGGUGGGAAUCUGAGGAGGAGACUACCUUUUAUUAUUAUUAUUUUGGGGCUUUUUUUUAAAAUAUUAUUUUCGCCGUACAAGGAGGACGCUCGGAAUUCACCGGCCUGUCGGCUCCCGAGAGGGACCCGGGGAUUGUGCGGUCGCUUUUCUUCAGCUUUUUUUUUGUUUGUUUGUUUUGUUUGUUUGUUUUGAUUUGGGGUUUUUUGGGUUUAUUAUUUUUUUUUCCUUUUUUCCGCUGAGCAGCAGCGGCGGCAGCAGCAGCAAUAUGGCUGGUGAUGGGUUUUUUGGGGGGCGCUGGCGGCGGGAGGAGCUCUCGGAAGCCCCUGCGCGCCCGGCUCGCUGUUAGCUAUGGCAAAUGGCAGCGGCGGCGGCUCCUACCCGGGCGGCAGCGGCGGCGGCGGCAUUAGAAUGAGUAACAAUAUCAACGCCAACAAUCUCAACACAGACUCGUCCUCCUCCCCCGUCAAUGUGCCCAAGAUGGAUGCGCUCAUCAUCCCGGUGACCAUGGAGGUGCCCUGCGAUAGCCGCGGACAGCGCAUGUGGUGGGCUUUCCUCGCCUCAUCCAUGGUCACUUUCUUUGGGGGACUGUUUAUCAUCCUGCUGUGGAGGACCCUCAAGUACCUGUGGACUGUCUGCUGCCACUGCGGGGUCAAAAACAAGAGACUCUCACGUAAUCAUGACUUUGAGGAAACUGAAGAAAAUUACCCAGAUGUCACCAAUGCAACAAGCUUCUUACCUGCAUCACGCUUACCUGUUGAGGAAGAAGUGCCCCUGACUAACAAGGAGGCCCAGAAGAUCAAUGGUGGUGGAGAUGCACAGGCAGAUGGGGCCUGCAAACCAACAGAUGAAAAAGAGGAGAAUGUGGCAGCAGAAGUGGGAUGGAUGACUUCUGUGAAGGAUUGGGCAGGAGUCAUGAUAUCUGCCCAGACGUUAACUGGCAGAGUACUUGUUGUCUUAGUCUUCGCUCUUAGUAUUGGUGCUCUUGUAAUAUACUUCAUAGAUUCGUCAAACCCAAUAGAAUCCUGCCAGAAUUUCUACAAAGAUUUCACAUUACAGAUCGACAUGGCUUUCAAUGUGUUCUUCCUACUCUACUUCGGCUUGCGUUUCAUAGCAGCCAAUGACAAGCUGUGGUUUUGGCUAGAAGUUAACUCGGUAGUAGAUUUCUUCACGGUCCCUCCAGUGUUUGUGUCAGUAUAUUUAAACAGAAGCUGGCUUGGUUUAAGAUUUUUAAGAGCCCUUAGACUGAUACAGUUUUCAGAAAUUUUGCAGUUUCUGAAUAUCCUUAAAACAAGUAAUUCCAUCAAGCUAGUGAAUCUGUGCUCUAUAUUUAUCAGCACGUGGCUGACAGCAGCUGGGUUCAUACAUUUGGUGGAGAACUCAGGGGAUCCAUGGGAAAAUUUCCAAAAUAAUCAACCGCUAACAUAUUGGGAAUGUGUUUAUUUACUGAUGGUUACAAUGUCCACUGUUGGCUAUGGAGAUGUUUAUGCAAAAACAACCCUUGGUCGCCUUUUCAUGGUCUUCUUCAUCCUUGGAGGAUUGGCCAUGUUUGCCAGCUACGUCCCUGAAAUCAUAGAGUUAAUAGGAAACCGCAAGAAAUAUGGUGGUUCCUAUAGUGCGGUUAGUGGAAGAAAGCACAUAGUUGUCUGUGGUCACAUAACACUUGAAAGUGUGUCCAACUUCCUGAAGGACUUCCUGCACAAGGAUAGGGAUGAUGUCAACGUAGAAAUCGUCUUUCUCCAUAAUAUCUCCCCUAACCUUGAGCUGGAAGCUCUUUUUAAACGACACUUCACUCAGGUGGAAUUUUAUCAGGGUUCAGUCCUUAAUCCCCAUGACCUGGCGAGAGUGAAGAUAGAGUCAGCAGAUGCGUGCCUAAUCCUUGCCAAUAAAUACUGCGCUGACCCAGAUGCUGAAGAUGCCUCCAAUAUUAUGAGAGUUAUUUCAAUAAAGAAUUAUCAUCCGAAGAUAAGAAUUAUCACUCAGAUGUUGCAGUAUCACAAUAAGGCUCAUCUGCUAAAUAUCCCAAGCUGGAACUGGAAAGAAGGGGAUGAUGCAAUCUGUCUUGCUGAGCUCAAGCUGGGUUUCAUAGCCCAGAGCUGCCUGGCACCGGGCCUUUCAACAAUGUUAGCCAACCUCUUCUCUAUGAGGUCAUUCAUAAAGAUUGAGGAGGAUACGUGGCAGAAAUACUACCUGGAAGGAGUUGCAAAUGAAAUGUAUACAGAAUAUCUGUCUAGUGCCUUUGUGGGUUUGUCCUUCCCUGCAGUUUGUGAACUGGUGUUUGCGAAACUAAAGCUCUUAAUGAUAGCCAUAGAAUACAAGUCGGAAAAACGAGAAAGCAGAAGCCGAAAGCGUAUAUUAAUCAAUCCUGGAAACCAUGUCAAGAUUCAAGAAGGUACUCUAGGAUUCUUCAUUGCAAGUGAUGCCAAAGAAGUAAAAAGGGCAUUUUUUUACUGCAAGGCCUGUCAUGAUGACAUCACGGAUCCCAAAAGGAUAAAAAAAUGUGGCUGCAAACGGCAAGUAAAGAAUGCAGCUAGAUCAAGUUACCCAAAAUGUUUAUAUCAAUUCAAGAGUGCAACUACUAAUGCAUUGGCGGGUGCCAAGUCCACUGAAGGAGUCCCGGAACCUGUUCCACUUGUUAAUAACCGUAAAGGGAGUCUCUUCCUACCCAACAACCCCUCGCUGCUGCACCUUAACUUAUUGAAUUCUGAUGAACAAGGAAAAUCUACGUACUGUAGAUUGCAAAGGGCACUCAGCUUGCCUGUAAAAUACCGCUACCGCUCCCAAAAGUCUGGGUUGAACCAAGAUCUCCUUGAAGAUGAGCAGCCGUCGACACUAUCACCCAAAAAAAAGCAGCGAAACGGAGGCAUGCGAAAUUCACCCAACUCCUCACCCAAACUGAUGAGGCAUGACCCCUUGUUAAUUCCUGGCAACGAGCAGAUUGACAAUAUGGAUGCCAAUGUGAAAAAAUAUGACUCUACAGGGAUGUUUCAUUGGUGUCCAGCCAAGGACAUUGAAAAGGUCAUUUUGACUCGAAGUGAAGCAGCGAUGACAGUUUUAAGUGGGCAUGUAGUCGUUUGCAUAUUUGGGGAUGUUAAAUCUGCUUUGAUCGGAUUAAGAAAUUUAGUGAUGCCGUUACGAGCCAGCAACUUUCACUACCAUGAACUCAAGCACAUUGUGUUUGUGGGUUCACUUGAAUACCUGAGAAGGGAAUGGGAGACACUGCAUAACUUCCCCAAGGUUUCAAUCUUGCCUGGUACGCCAUUAAGUCGGGCUGAUUUAAGGGCUGUCAACAUCAACCUCUGCGACAUGUGCGUUAUCCUGUCAGCCAAUCAGAAUAAUAUUGAUGAUGCUUCGCUGCAGGACAAGGAAUGCAUCUUGGCGUCACUCAACAUCAAAUCUAUGCAGUUUGAUGACAGCAUUGGGGUCUUGCAGGCUAAUUCCCAAGGCUUUACACCCCCUGGGAUGGAUAGGUCAUCUCCAGACAACAGUCCAGUGCAUGGCCUGUUACGUCAACCCUCCAUUACAACAGGAGCCAACAUCCCUAUUAUAACAGAGCUAGUAAAUGAUUCAAAUGUUCAGUUCUUGGACCAAGAUGAUGAUGAUGAUCCAGACACAGAACUGUACCUCACUCAGCCCUUUGCAUGUGGAACCGCAUUUGCUGUCAGUGUGCUGGACUCUCUCAUGAGCGCGACAUACUUCAAUGACAAUAUCCUCACACUGAUACGGACAUUGGUAACAGGAGGAGCCACACCAGAGCUGGAAGCACUGAUCGCUGAGGAAAAUGCGUUGAGAGGAGGUUACAGCACGCCCCAGACACUUGCAAACAGGGACAGGUGUCGAGUCGCUCAGCUGGCUUUGUAUGAUGGGCCGUUUGCAGACCUAGGGGAUGGAGGUUGUUAUGGAGAUCUAUUUUGUAAAGCACUGAAAACAUACAAUAUGCUUUGCUUUGGAAUUUAUCGAUUAAGGGAUGCACAUCUAAGUACUCCCAGCCAAUGCACUAAACGUUAUGUUAUCACAAACCCACCGUAUGAAUUUGAGCUUGUGCCGACAGACUUGAUCUUCUGUUUGAUGCAAUUUGACCACAACGCUGGCCAGUCCCGGGCCAGUCUUUCUCAUUCCUCCCAUUCCUCCUAUUCUUCCAGCAAGAAGAGCUCAUCAGUUCACUCCAUCCCAUCAACAGCAAACCGACUGAACCGCACCAAGACCAGGGAUUCCCGGGAAAAACAGAAUGCAACAAGGAUGAAUAGAAUGGGCCAAGCAGAAAAGAAAUGGUUUACAGAUGAGCCGGAUAAUGCCUAUCCCAGAAACAUUCAAAUCAAGCCCAUGAGCACUCACAUGGCCAAUCAGAUCAAUCAAUAUAAAUCGACAAGCAGCUUGAUACCACCAAUCAGAGAAGUUGAAGAUGAAUGUUGACUCCUUUGAGGCCAGAACUAUUUUUUUAAAGCCUGACAAACUUCAUGAAUGGUGAUGUGACAUUUAUUCCUCUUACAUGCUGAACCACUGAUGGAGAAGUUAAGAAGGGCAAGCUUAAUGGGAAAAUAAAGUAGACAGAUCUUUGUUUGUCUGCCUUUAAUAUUGCUUCCACGUAUUUUGGAAACUUUCAUUUAUAAAGGAACAUAAUCAAAACUAGUCAUGUAUAGCCUCUAGCGUUUUAAAUUAUUUUUAUUUAUUAGAAAAAAUAUAUUUUUCUUUUUUUUCAUUGUCAAGUAUUUUCCCUUAAAAAAUCUGCAUAUGUGGCCAGACUCCUAAGAAUUUAAAAAAAACAAACCUCAGUCUUUGGCUUAAAGGAGAAUGAUGGUCACAGUUAUAAGGACAUGUAAUUAAGGGAGACAAAUGAUAUAUUUACAAAAAGGAAAAAAGGUCCAACUUGUAUUUUAGUAAAUCAAAAAAAAAGAAGAAAAAAAAAAAAAGUUCACCAAAAUGUUUCUUUACCGGAGGAUGUGUAUUUUGUUCAGCAUUGACACCAGCUCUUAAUAAACUGAACUUACUUAUUUUCAAAGUUGAAAGUCAUAUUUUUGUACAUGUAACAUUCUUCUGAAAUAUUCUUUGUUUUGUUACCAUAUACAGAUCAUCUUAAUUGCCAGUUACGUUAAGGUCCAAUAACCCCCCACACACACUGUGUCCGGCCCCCACACACCCCCAGACCCCCCCCCAGAAGCCCAGCAUCCUUGAUAAGUUUCUGCGCCACUAGUGCAGUGAGCAUCGCUACCCUAAAGCGAGGGCCGUGUGGGUAAGGUGCUCACAGGCAGCACUUGCUCCGAAUGGCACAUCUGGCAGCUCCGCUCUGCUCCCAUCAGCCAUCAGCAGCUGCUGAUUUCAGGAAGGCAAGAUUGGCAAUUCCUCUUCUUUUGCCAUGUAUUACGGUGCAUAAAUAGUGCAUGAAAUCAUAGGUUAUAAACCUUCUCAUCUACCAUAUUUUGUUGGUUCCUUACUUCAAAAGGGCUGAUGGCCAUGCAUCAGUCUUACUUGGUCCCAAUUCUUCCUGAGAUGUAUAGCGGUCGAGCUUCAGAUCUUUGCACUUUGGUGAUAGCUCAUACCUUGGUAAAAGGCACACUGAAUCUCCGUUUGGUGAGCUCAGCUCAGGAUAAACACUGGUUUAGCCUCAGCUCUAUAGUCUCACUACAUGCUGGUCUCAGCUAAGUCCUGCACCAGGCAACAUCUUAUUUUAGAGGUUGGUUUUGGUUUGUUUUGUUUUUCUUUAAUUUAUUUUCAUUUUGCUGGGACACCACACAAAAAAGUACAGUGAUAACCAAAUAAAAAUAAAAGUAAUGAAUGUAUUUAUUAUGAAAAACUUACAAAAGGCCUUUGAUGGGUGCCUUUUGUAUCAGCAGUUUCACAAAGUUGCCAACAAGCUUUACAGCCAUCAGACAAAAAUGUGAUGUUUCAUAUCUGUGCCGCAGUAUCUAUCUACCCAAGCAUUUGAUGUUCUAAAUGAUUUAGUAAGUCUCUCUAUCUCAAAUUAGCAACAUCUGACACAACUGUGUGGAAAAAAAAAAAAUGCUGUUUUAAUAAGGAUUAAAAGAAAACCAUAGGACCCAGUCAUCAGGAAAGGCAGAAUUUCAUUGUGCAAGUUAACUUUAGGCUUUGUAAUUUUGCAGAAUUAUUAAACACCACAAUAAAACAUACUGUGGUACUUUUCUAUCAUUAGAGAAAUAUCAGUGAAUCAAAGAAAUACAAAGCAGAUGAAUUUAUUGUGAAAACAAUGAUGUCCACUAUAUAAUCCAACAUUUAAGCUAAACUAUCUCAGCUUUAAUGUUUGUCCACUGGCUGCAGUACAAAUAUAACCAUACUAACACCUAAUAGGCUUUACUCUGGAGUGACUUCUUGGACUGUGACUACUUUGUUGUUACAUUUUGUAGAAUAGCAAUUUAAAGACAGUAACAAGAAUUGUUAAUACGGUAUCUGUAAAAUUGGAUUGGUUAAAAUAUUUCACUCUCCUACAAAGUAAAAAAAAAACCAAUUUAAGAAGUUUUCCGUUAUUAUUUAGACCUUGUUUAACCCAUUUCACAGUCCCCAAAAUAGAAGAUGACUCUGGUGAGUUCUUCCGACCUGUGCUGCUUCAGCUAGUGACACAUUAUAAUACACAUCCAGUUUCUGCGUUGGGUCAUGUUAAGCCUUUACUUUGAAGUCAAUGCUCCUUUUUCAUCUGUGAUGAACUGCAUUCAUAUUAUAACCAGAGUGAAAAAAGCUGGUCCUGAGUACAGGGGACUUCUUUUUGAAGUUUAUGUUCAAUUUCACCAAGCACAUGUCAAUUUAAUUUUUGGGUUUUUUUUUUUUUUUUUUUUUUUUCUUAGAAGACCAAUGUUUACUGCAGGGGCAUAGAACAUUAUAACUGCAUUUCUGAGUGUCCUUCCUUCAGAAGUGAGCAUUCACUGGAUAAAACAUACUAAUUAAUCAAAUACAACACUCCUACAUAGCUGAGGUUUGUGUGGGUCUCUGUCCCGUUUAACUGUGGCACCCAAAAGUAUCAUGCUGCCAACUGUACAUCAAUAGAGGUCAAGACCUGCCUACACGCACGCUCUGUCCCAGCACAGCCGGUUCCGGGUGUAACGAGAGAUCGACCAGCACCUCUAGGGAGCAAGCAAGACAGGCAGAAACGGGCAGCGUUAGGGUCUUGCAUUUCCCAUUUAUAGAAAAGCUAAGCGCAAUCAAUAGCCUUUGCUUACUCCUCUUUUUGACGAUCAGAGACACAGGACUGACUUCUGGCAAUCAGAUGGAGAAACGUGUAGCAAACCUGUUGGAGAUCUGUGACGUUCAGCCGUUAAAGGCUACAAUAAGGCCAGCACCGAUAGCCGGGUAUAUGAAGUUACAUCAAGGCAAGGGACUGGGAAGUGGCCUGGGUGCCAGCUGACAGACCACGUGACAGCUGAUGCAGAAAUAAGUUCUGAUCUUUGUUAAUAAUUCUUACUCCUUUUUCAAAAGACAACAAAAGGGGAAGAGGGGAAAAAAAAAAAAAAAAGAGCUUUUUCAUAAUUGCAUGCACAAUUAAUACAGGCUAAACAAUUAUUUUUUUUUUUUUGGGUAACUCAUGUACUGGAUGGAGAGUGUGUCUGUGUGCCUGCCUGUUUCUGCAUAUAUGCACAGCGACACAUACACACGUCGCUGAAUGUGUGGAUAUAUGCACACAGGUUAUAUGCAUAGAAAUGGGCGUGUGUAUAUAUAUUUGACACAGUCUCAUCACAAGAAGGUGGUCUCUUUUUUUUUUUUUUUUUUUUUUUUUUGGGUGGGUGGUGAAGAAAGACACACAGAAAAAAAUACGUGACUUACAGGCUAGCACAUGGAGGAUUUGUACCUCCUGUUUCCUCCUGGUUUGACCAAAAAGCAGCUGUUCCUGUUAGUUGUAUUAGCUGUGCGCUGUCGGCACGCUGCAGAGACCCUCUCACGGCUGACGCAGGCAUGUGCUCCUGGCCCCUCUCCACACCCACGCACAUGCAUGCUCCCACGUUGCCAGAAAGUCUGCUGUCUCUCUGUCUCGUGGCUCUUAUUUAAGUUGUCCCCGAAGCCUGUGAGCACUAAGAUGAAAGGAUAAAACUGUCCUCUGAUGCGGUAGCGUUUGGGGGGGGGCAAGUGCCAAGCACGGCAAAAGUUAAGGUGUAAAGAAAAGAAGAUAUUCAGAGUUUAAAUGCAAUUUUUAAGGCCUCGAUGUCACUGUCUUACUGCUGCUUGUAAGAUAAUAAGUAUACUAUGUAUUUAUUAAUAGGGGAAAAAAAAAGAAAGAUGCAAACAUUUCCUUGCACUUUUCAAAAACUUUCUAAAACUAUAUCACCUCUGUUUUAACAGCUCUUCUUUCAAAUCAGCAUCGAUGGCCAAACACUAGGAAGGCAGUACAUGUGGCGGAAAGUGCACCCCCCUUGAUCUGGGGCACGAUCAGUUAGACAGCGCUAUAGAUCCAUGGACAGCUUUGUCAUUCCGCCCUGCAAGCCCUGCUAGCCCAAAAGCCAGGAGCGUAGGGACAGAGAAAGCUGGGGGGGGGGGGAUGAGAGGGACGCGACACAUGCAGGUCCUCAAGCGAAUGUAAGCACGUGGCGAUUUGCAAUUCAUCUGCGAUGGGAAAGCCAGCGCUGCUUGUGCAAGGCUGCAGGGCAGUGAGGAUCCCCUGUAGCCUUGUGAAGCCACACAGAUGUCAUCAAAGAGCUGCUGAGGCUUCAGCAGCUUACAGGCUGUUGCAGCAGCUGGGGCUGUACAGGAAGCCAGGUUUAGCCACACUAAAGAUAUUUUUUUUGUUCCCCUAUUUUUUUGAAUUUUAAAGAAAAAGGCCACCCAAUGGCUCAAGUGGCAUGGAUGUGAAAAGAAUUGGCCUCAGCCAAAUGUGGAAAAGGGGAAAAAAAAGUAGUUUGCUUGUACUGUACAAGGGACACUAUGAAAGUAUUGACUGUAGCCUUUUAUUAUAGGUUGUUAGGUGGUGGUGAGCAAGGUGGUUGUUGGUUUGGUGUUGUGUCCCGUUCCCCACCCCCCCCUCAGUGUAAGGAGGAUUUGAACUCUUCUAGAAUAGGAGAAGGGGAAAAGUGUGUUCUCAUAUAGAGAGGACUGUUUUUGUUGGGGGGUGGGUGUGUGUGUAAACUUCAUCUAACAACUACUGCAAUAAUUGGAUGCAUAAACUGAUGCAUGAUAAAAAAAGCAAUAAUUUACAAAUGGGUAAUUAUGCAUGUUUUCACUGCUUAGUCACUCACCGGUGAAUCCAUAAACACAUUAGCAACUGCCCUGCUCUAGCUGACUCGCGUGGGCUCAAAGUUAAACACAGAGCAGGCACUCACAUGGUUUUAUCAAGAAUCAUGUUCAUAAGGGCUUCUGGAUCCCAAUGUAUUCGAAUUGAACACAUAGUGAGGUCACGGGGUGGGGGUGUGUGUGUGUGUGUGUGUGUGUGUGUGAUUUUGUUUUAAAAGCUGUUAGCAUUGCGAAUUUCUUUAGCACUAAAAGAAGUGUGUAUCUCACCUUUCAUUUCUAGUUUUAAAUGUGCUUAAACAAAAUAACCAAGUGUGUGAAAAGCGAUGAACAGGACAAAGUGAAAACAGAAAUCCUUUCUCUGUGUUGCAGUGGUUUGGCCUGGGAAUAUCUGUCAAAGUCAAUGGCAGAUGCAUAGAAAAAUUCAGGGGAAAGGAGAGUUCUUUAUAUUCCUUCUUUAGCUUUCCUCUCUGUGCCAUCUGAACCAGUAAUAUUCUCAACAUUUGAACAAUCCCAGGCUUAAGGGAUAGAGUGGUGUUUGGUUUUCGUUGUUUUUUUUUUGUUUUUUUUUUAAUUUAUCAUAUAUGCACACCAGGUCUCCUAAUAGUCAGUUAGCAGGCACAAUAUUUGUAGUACUUUUGUCCUGAGCAAUACUUGUAGUUGUGCGUACAACCCCCAUAUGAAAUAAUGAAAGGAAUGGAGGAGCUGUUCAGCUGUGGCCACUGCCUGGGAUGGUACAUAGGCCUGCAGUAUUGACAGUUCUGCCCCAGCGUUUAUCAAGGCUAUAUUUAUAUAAGUAAUGUAUCUAUUCUGCACAGAUAUUCUCUGCUAUAGAACAUGCAGCCACAUUGAAACUGUAUAGUCUAUAAUAUGCAGUAGUCUAUAUAACCAAGUAAAUUCCACUGAAGUUAAUAGAUAGGACUGCUGGUCUAAUGUAUCUGUUUUAUAUAAUGGUAUGCUACUGUUAACUGUGAAAAUGAGAUGAGGUAGGGGGAACAACAAAUAUAAAAUACUUUUUGAAUCAUUUUGGGUCUAAUUAAGAACAAUAACUUAAGAAGCUAAACACAGUAACGCUGCACCUAAUUAGACUCUUAGUGAGGUUGAGAGAAAGCUUCUUACUGCUUCAGUCAAUGCAUUGUAGAGGAGAUCUUUAUAACUUUAAAUAAACCCCCACAACAUAUAGGCAGUUGAAUAUAUGUAACAGAAAACAGAUUUUUUUCAGAAACCGAAAAUUUGACAUAUGAGCACUUUAUUGACUGGACAAUGACUAACAGGAACCACAUGAAAAGGUCAGUAGAAGUUAUGUCAAGUUUUCCUUAAGUAGCAGUUUAAAAAAAAAAUGUUGCUUCUGCCAUAGUAUAGUUGGGACACACACGCUUUGCUAAUGCAAAUAAUCUAACCUCUGUCCAAAAAAAAAAAAAAAAAAGAAAAGUUGAUAUAACUUUAACUUUUGCGUUUCUGUAGAGUUCAAGGCUGAUGGUUGUUUGUUUGGUUUUUUUUCUUCCUUCAGUUAAAAAAAAAAACCCACACAAAUGCAAACACAUAUAUACAUUCGAUGGCUACAUGUGUCUAUUUAGCUAUAAUUUGGAAGCAGAGAUGGGCGGUACACUGCGAACCAGCUAUCAUCUUAACUUAAAAGUUCAUCAAGAAAAAGGAGUAUGACUUCAUCAUUUUACUUUUUACCAUUAUGGACUGGUGAGAGAGAACAAAUGCUGGUGCUCAGAAAUGAUCUACCUGACUUUGUCAUAUGUAAUAUCCAGUGAUAAAUAUAUUGUCCUGUAAAAAGGGUUUGUACAUAACUUGUACAUGGUUUCAUUUUGUAUUUUUC